GCGGCUUGUGAACUGGUUCUCUGUGUCUUUCUCUUUCUCUUUCUCACUCAUUUCUUCUGUAGAUGAACAAUCAAAGAAUUUAGCUUUUGAAAUUUGCUGCGUAUAGAUUAGAUUGAUGGAGAAAAGAUGAGGUGGAGAGGGAGAGAGAAAGGGUUUUCAUAACCUUUUCUUGAUUGGGUUGCUCAAGCUUGAGCUUGGCUUGCUUUUUUGCUCUGGGGGGUCUUUUCUUCUUUUCUUUUCCUUCUGGUUUUGAUGGGUUCAGAAGGGGAAGUAAUGAGUAAUGAUACAAACGAGCAAGGCCAAAAAGAUCAGUGCUUGUUCAAAGCUUCAGUUUCUACAAAGUUUGAGCCAUCCAGGUCUUUUUUAAGGCGUGGGAGUAGUCACUCUUCCGUGGCUUUUAAGUGAGCUUUUUUCAGUUUCAGAACCCUUCAAGCUUAAGAAAUUGUGUUUCACAGUUGACAAAGACAAAUCGCUCUGAUCUGAUACGUAAAGAUAAAUUUCUCUGGUCUAAUACGUUUUUUGUUUCGGAUUCUUCCUUUAAUUCCUUUCAAUCAUGAAGAGGCUAGCUAGCUCAGAUUCAUUGGGUGCUAUGAUCUCCGUCUGCCCAUUCACAGAGGAGAAAGACAACUCCCAUGUUUACCGGAGAGGGUUUCAGUCUAUGCUGGAGGGCUUCGAUGAAGAAGAUUGUGUUGAAGAAUCUGGUCAGAUCUCAGAGAAGAAGAGGAGAUUAAGCGUAGACCAAGUGAAGGCCUUGGAGAGGAAUUUUGAGGUCGAGAACAAGCUUGAACCAGAGAGGAAAGUGAAGCUAGCCCAGGAGCUUGGCUUGCAACCUCGACAAGUGGCUGUUUGGUUUCAGAAUCGUCGAGCAAGGUGGAAGACCAAGCAAUUGGAGAGAGAUUAUGGCGUUUUGAAAGCUAAUUAUGAAUCUCUGAAGCUCAAUUUCGAUUCUAUCCAACAAGACAAAGAAUCUCUACUUGCAGAGAUCAAGGAGUUGAAAUCGAAGCUCGAAGGAGAUAACGCAGAGAGCAAUGUCUUGGCAGCUAAAGAAGAGAUCUUGAUUUCCGAAUCUGUCGAUAACAAAGUUACUGAACAACAGAGUCAGAUCUCUGCCGCUGCUACCGAGCUCGGGGGAUCUGAGACGGCUGAACUGAACCAAGAUUGUUGCAACAAUACUAAUGGAUCUUCUGACAGCGAUUCAAGUGCGAUCUUAAACGAAGACAACAGCCCAAAUGCGGCAAUUUCAUCAUCUGGGGUCUUUCAGCAACAUCAGUUGAUGAUGUCUCCGGCUUCGAGUUCUCUGAGAUUCAACAACUCUUCAAGAUCUUCUCCGUCACCCACUUCCCUUAAUUCCUUUCAGUUCUCGACUGCCCAGAAAACAUCGUACCAACCCCACCAGUUCGUGAAGAUGGAAGAACACAAUUUCUUCAGUGCUGAGGAUCACUGCAAUUUCUUCUCUGAUGAACAAGCUCCUACCCUUCCAUGGUACUGCCCUGAUCAGUGGAGCUAAAGUAAAACCCAGAUCAGGAAAGAACCCAAAAAAAAAAAAAAGAUGAACAACACGUGCAUGAAGAAUCUAAGUCUGGAACAGAAAAUUCUGUAAGAAUUUUGUAAAAUGGAACUGUAUUUAACUUCAUUGUAGUCCAUUGUACAAAAGAAGUUGCAGCAGAAGGAAGCAAGAGAAGAGAAGCUCGAUCGAUGAGGAGAGAAUAGGUCCAAGGUCACCAUGAAUAAGACAACCAGAUUUAAAAAGGAAGGCAAGAAAAAAGGAAGACUUGCAGAGAGCUAGAGAGAGAAGAAGAGAAAUAGAGCAUGAGUAUUCACGUGGGUUCCAGAAGGGUGAGAGUGUAGUGACGUACUGGGUAGUCUCUGGUUUAAUCUGAUUUCUUUCUCAGUGAAAAAUUGGCGGGAAUCAUUAGUAUUGUUAAUUCGUUAUUAAUCUUUCAUGUAAAAAAAUAAUGGGAUAAUCUGAACGGGUUGGGAAAAGGAAAAUGGUCACCGUGCGUGUAGUGUAGGGAGUAAUUGCAGAAUAAUAUUAUGACUUAUCAA